AACCCGAGAGUUCUUCUUCCACUUCCAACACAAAGAGCAAGAAGAAUUUGGCAGGUUGUCAUACUCAAACCUAUUAGUAUUUUUGAAAAAGUGUUUUUGUUUUUUCCAAGAAUGGGUACCAGAAAACAUAUAGUACAUGGUAUAAUCGGUUUGUCAGCGAUUUGCGUCUACACUUGGCCCUCAUCUCUGUCUCUGAUCGUCUUCGUAGUGCUGACUACGUUAGUGGGAAUGCUAGGAGUACUAGCUGGUUUAUGGGUCAAUGUUUUAUUAUCUUCACCGCACAAAACCAUUGUUGGAGCUGAGCAUCAGCUCAAACAAGCAGAAAACUUCCGGAACAGAUUGAUGAAAGACUACGAUUCUCAGCAAAUAACAAAGCCCAAUGAACUGAAUCUACCAUCAGUCUUUGGCAGAACCGUGGACAGUUUGCUGCAGCAACUACUGGACUUUGUUAUCAGAGACUACAUUACUGCCUUUUUGAAAGACUAUGCAUUUGAACUGGAUUACUUGGAAUUGAAUAUAAAGGAGGAUCUAUGGGGCGCAGUGAAAAACCUUCAUGACAAGUUUUUGCGAGUAGACCAUGCAAAGUUGAUUGCUUGUGAUAUAGUCAGCGUUAUUACCAGUCAUUUUGAGAAAAUCCGCGAAGGAAAGCUAGCUAACAAUGGUGAUCCGCACAUUCCCCCGGAGUUCAAGCUUUCCAUGCACGUGAUUUAUUCGGAUAUGGAACUGCAGUAUUUGCGAACGCUCAGUGAGGUCUUGAUAAUGUUUUUGAUGCCCAGAGCCUACUCGUUGUCACCCACCAAGCAUUUUAUCCGCGAGGUUCUUUGUUGUAAAGUUUUGAAGACAUUUGUCGAGCUUGUCACAGACCCAGACUUCUUCAAUAGGAACUUGAUUGCUUACAUAGCCAAAGCCAAUCAGCAGCAAAUAAAUUUGCCCAAGAGAGCAUUGGAAAAUGUCGAGGUUUACAUUGAAAAAAACGACGACGUCCACGUACUAAAGCAAAUAAGAUAUAGUAUCGUCACAAAACUCAUGCAAGCCACCACACUACAAAACCUUAAUCGUGCCAAAGGAGUCGAUCUGGACAAUGACAAAAGCAACAUGCAAUCAUCGGGAAUACAAAAGUCCGAAAUAAAUGCCGCGAAGCGGCUAAAAAAGACGAUUAAUCACUUGACGAUGGCAAAGAAUCUGUGUGAGCGCAAACUGACCAGUCUCGGAUGCGAUCUGGGAUAUCAACUUGGAGACGACUUUAAAAAGGUGCUUUCACUUCAGACAGUUUUGGAUCACAUAACAGGCAGGAAAUAUCUAUCGCAGUUCCUGCAAACCUUAGCCAGUCAUGACUUGGUGCGUUUCUGGAUAGCAGUGGAGGAAUUGAGGGCGGCGCAGCGCAACCACUGGCACCAGUUGGGAGCUGAGAUAUUUUACACAUUCAUUCGAAACCCUGUUUCGGAAAUCAAAGUGGACAAGGCUGUGCGGAAGAGAAUGGAGGCGUUUCUAUUGGGCGACAAAGGCCCAGAGGUUUUCUACGAAGUUCAGCAGCAAGUGGUUCAAACCAUUGAGGACAAAUACUAUCAGCCCUUCCUAAUAAGCGACUACUACAAAGAAAUGAUCAUUGCUAUCGAAUCGGAAACGAAUUUAAUUGAGCACGAUAGUGUAGGGUCUGGAGGUGAGAAACAGUCCUCUUUGGAAUACGUGACUGGCUUGGAGAACGGCUUAAAUGUCGGCGAUCAUUCUAAUUAUGCCCGACGGAAGCUGGAUCAGUUAGCAGAGAAGCUGAGUAAUAAAUCCCAGGCGUUGGCUGCUUUGAGGUCCUCUAUGCGACCUGAGUCGAAAGUGCUGACGAAGCUUGAAAAAGAAGUGGAGUGGUUGCAAGGCGAAAAGAGGCAACUGGAGGCCCAUCUAUCUAGAACCGAAGUUUGGGCUGAAAAUCUGGGAAAGUGGACUGCAAUUGUACAAAGCGCAGAGGUUGCCGAAGAAAAAGAACCGCCUCAAUUCGUUCUAGUGGUUCAAAUGUCUGAAGAAGACAUUGCUGGUAGUGAAGCGGGCAUCUGCUCUGGUUGGGUGGUCUGUCGCAGUCUAACGCAAUUUCAGGAGCUGCACAAGAAGUUGCGACCCCUUUGCUCCGACGUCAGAAGUUUGGAUCUUCCUUCGAGUACAUUCAAGUUCCUAUUCGGAAAAACCGAUAGAGCCUCUCUGGACAAAGCCAAAGGCCAAAUUCAGAAGUACCUUGAUUUUGUGUUGAAAAACGAUAUUUUGAAUCAAAGCGAAGCUGUUUACUCAUUCCUGAGCCCUAGUUCUGAGCAUUUGAAGCAUUCGUCACCCAGUCCCAAGAAAUCCAGAUUCUCGUUUUCCACAAUAUUCAAAAGCGGAAACGAUCAGGGACCAUCACUAUCGAUGCUCAAAGACAACUCAGAAGAUGAUAUUUCACAAUGCCUAGACACUGUUGCAGUUGACGCCAUUGACUUUGUAAAAUCUAACGGACAGACGAUCAAAGUCUCUGAAGAUGGGAAAGAUUCCAUCGCCGAGCCUCUGUACGGCCUCCUAAGCGAGCUGUUUGACAUGGGAGGCGUUUUCAAGUAUGUUAGGAAGACACUGAUCGGAUUUGUCCAGGUCACUUAUGGACGGAACAUUAACCGACAAAUCUACGAGACGAUAUCGUGGUGGUUUUCCGAAGAAAUGUUGCACUAUUACGUUGCGCAAAUUUUGAAGAACUUUUGGCCGGGCGGCACUUUGGCAACUCCAGGCCCGACUAGAACGCAAGAACAGCGACUGGAAACCGCUCAAAUGGCGCAGGAAAUGCUCAUAAACAACGUACCUGAAAUGCUGAUUACACUGGUUGGGAGCACUGCAGCCCGAAAUGGCGCCAAGAAAGUGUUCGAUGCGCUCCAGGAGAAAAAUAUGAAUAAGCAGCUAUUUUAUCAAAUUUUAGAGGUCACACUGGACGCAGCUUUUCCAGAGCUACAAUAAUGGGGAGGUUUUUUCAAGGGUUCAGUAGUAUUGUGAUUGUGUAUCAAUUCUGUGAUUUAUUUAUUUACAUAAUUCGGUGUUUGUAAGACUAUUCUUCGAUAUAGUUCGUUUUUAAUUGGCGCUUUUGUGCGUUUUGUUGGUGUUGUAAGUCGGUUGGGCAUCAAUAGCGAUUAUUUCUAAAUUCCAAAUAUUUAAAAAUUGUCAUACUGCUUCGUUUAAAUAGAUGUUGAAAUAUC